GCAGCUGGGGUGCUUGGAGUCGUCAUGGUGUUAGUGCUGGUGAUUCUUAUCCCAGUCUUAGUCAACUCUGCUGGAACUUCGGCGCACUAUGAGAUGCUCGGUACCUGCAGAAUGGUGUGCGACCCAUAUGGAACAAAGUCUCCGACAAGCACCGCCACAGCAGACACCGUUCGUGAUAACAGCCUCAUGCAGUCUUUACCAACUUUUAUACAAGGUCCAAAAGGAGAACCCGGACGCCCAGGGAAGGCGGGGCCCAGGGGCCCACCCGGUGAGCCCGGUCCUCCCGGGCCAGCCGGUCCACCUGGAGAGAAAGGAGAGCCGGGGAGACCAGGAUUGCCCGGACCACCUGGACCAAAUGCUGCGGCGGGGGCCAUCAGCGCCGCAACGUACAGCACCGUACCCAAAAUCGCCUUUUACGCUGGCCUUAAAAAGCAACAUGAAGGUUACGAGUUGCUGAAAUUCGACGACGUGGUCACAAAUCUUGGAAAUCACUACGAUCCAACAACGGGGAAAUUUACCUGCUCUAUACCAGGAAUAUACUUCUUUACAUAUCAUGUUUUGAUGCGCGGCGGAGACGGAACCAGUAUGUGGGCAGAUCUGUGCAAAAAUAACCAGGUUCGGGCCAGUGCCAUAGCCCAGGAUGCUGAUCAGAAUUAUGACUAUGCCAGCAACAGUGCAGUUCUGCAUCUGGAGCCUGGAGAUGAAGUCUACAUCAAACUGGAUGGAGGAAAAGCUCAUGGAGGCAACAACAACAAGUACAGCACUUUCUCUGGUUUCAUCAUCUAUGCUGACUAG